AUGGUUAAACACCAACCACUGCAGUACUAUGAGCCGCAGCUAUGUUUGUCCUGUCUGACGGGGAUCUAUGGCUGCCGCUGGAAACGGUACCAGCGGUCACAUGAUGACACUACCAAGUGGGAGCGCCUCUGGUUCCUCAUCCUCACCUCAUCCUUCUUCCUGACCCUGGUCUGGUUUUACUUCUGGUGGGAAGUUCACAAUGACUACAAUGAAAUCAACUGGUUUUUAUAUAACCGAAUGGGAUAUUGGAGUGACUGGUCCAUUCCAAUACUUGUAACAACUGCUGCUGGCUUUACAUACAUUACAGUGUUAUUGAUACUAGCACUAUGUCACAUAGCUGUGGGACAGCAAAUGAACCUGCACUGGCUUCACAAGAUUGGCCUGGUGACAACAUUGAUAACUACUGUGGUGACCAUGUCAUCCAUAGCACAGCUUUGGGACGACGAAUGGGACAUGGUAUUUAUUUCACUGCAAGCCACAGCUCCUUUCUUGCACAUAGGAGCACUUGCAGCGGUCACAGCCCUGUCAUGGUUGAUAGCAGGGCAAUUUGCACGAACGGAGAAAGCCACUUCUCAGAUGCUCAUGUUCAUGGCAUACCUCGCAGUUGUUGUUGCACUUUACCUUGUUCCCCUCACCAUCUCAUCCCCUUGCAUAAUGGAGAAGAAGGCUCUGGGACCAAAGCCAGCCAUUAUUGGCCACCGUGGAGCACCAAUGCUGGCACCAGAAAACACUCUGAUGUCCUUCCAGAAGGCAGUGGAGCAGAAGAUGUAUGGAGUCCAAGCUGACGUUAUACUGAGCUAUGAUGGAGUUCCAUUUCUGAUGCAUGACAAGACACUCAGGAGAACAACCAAUGUGGAAGAAGUGUUCCCAGAGCGGGCCUACGAGCACUCCUCCAUGUUCAACUGGACUGACCUGGAAAAGCUUAAUGCUGGAGAGUGGUUCCUACAGAAUGACCCUUUCUGGACAGCUGGAUCUCUCUCAAGGUCUGACUACUUGGAAGCUGCCAACCAGUCAGUCUGCAAGCUUGCAGAUAUGUUAGAGGUGAUCAAGGACAACACAUCUCUCAUCCUGAACUUCCAGGACCUGCCAUCAGCUCAUCCCUACUACAGCACUUACAUCAACAUCACCCUGGAAACCAUCCUGGCAUCAAGAAUUCGGCAACAGGCUGUGAUGUGGCUGCCAGACACUGAGAGGCAGCUGGUCAAACAUAUUGCACCGGGUUUCCAGCAAACUUCAGGCCUGAAGCUGGACGCAGAGCGCCUGAGAGAGAAGGGCAUCGUGAAGCUCAACCUGCGUUACACCAAGGUCACGAACGAGGAUGUCAGGGACUACGCCAUGGCGAACCUGAGUGUGAAUCUCUACACUGUGAAUGAGCCCUGGCUUUACUCCAUUCUGUGGUGCGCUGGUGUCCAGUCGGUCACCUCUGACAGCUCCCAUGUCCUUCGCAAGGUGCCUUUUCCCAUCUGGCUAAUG